AUGCCAAGCAGACGAAGGGAGUCAUUCUCAGCUUCAAGGCAACCCAACACGCCGGAUGCGCCAAGCGGACCUGUUGCUGCUAUCACGCCGCCCCAGGUACUGUCUUCCACAGAUUCCCAGCGUCAUGCACCGCUCGAGAUACCUGUCGACCAGGGAUCGGCCUCUCCGGAAGCGCCGCACAAAACCCGUCCUAGAAUGUUGCGUAGCCUGCAAGGGGAAAGAGUCUAUGUGGGCAGAGCCGCGUCGCUAUCCUUCCUGCAGUUACUUCGAGAUACAGUCACCCAACACAUAGGCCCGUCUCAGUUCUCACACAAUGUUAAACUUGAAGACAUGCUCGAAACAGAAGCGCCCAAGAAUGUCUCGCCGGGCUUUGAGGACCAGCUGGAUCUCCAGCAGCGUCAAGCCUUGCUCCGAGCUUACCAGAUUGCAACAAGUGGGUUCCUCUAUCUGAUGCCGGAUUCCGAAUUGACGCAAAUGCUACAUAAUCGGCGCUCCGACACCGGCCAUGCGCAACAUACAACAGCUCUACUCGACGUCAUGAUUGCCAUUGGCGCACAGUCGCAUAAGCAUGAUCCAACGAAAGUGCAGAUUGAGCACUUCUUCUUUGCGAGGGGGCAACGCCGGGCGUUCGUUAGCAUGCUGGAGAACCCCAGCCUGGAAAUGGUGAGCUUGUUUCUGCUGAUGUCGUUCUACAUGCUCGGGGCGUGCCGCAGAAAUGCGGCUUUCAUGUAUCUUGGGGUGGCCGCUCGAGCAGCUGUGGCACUUGGUCUGCACAUCGAUGUCUCUGGCUCACUACCGGUCAGUGAACAGCACCGAAGAGCAUGUGUUUGGAUGAGUCUAUGCAACCUUGAUCUCCUCGUCAGCUCCAUCCUCGGACGACCUCCCGCAACAGCCUCACUCCGCUCGGAAUCAGGAACCAGCAUCACUGAGGCACUACAGCGCAAUGAUCUUGCCGAGGAACGACUGGUGGCUUUAUAUAAUCUCGCGCAAAUUCUGGAUGAGACGAUCACCCGCUUGUACAGCGAAAAGGCAGCCUCGGCGCAGGUCGCCGAGUCGAUACUGGAGAAGCUUAAGCGGUGGAGCGAUGGUCUGCCGGAGUCUUUGCUUGCUUCUCCAGGGACAGAACAGGAGUGUCUUGCUGCUCAGGACCGCGUCAUAGGCAGCCUGCACAUCGCCUGUUCCUACCACUUUGCCAUCAUCAUUGUUACGAGACCAUUCCUGAUAUCAGCGCUAGGUGUGCGGCUGGCCCGACUACAUGACAGCCUCGCUGAACGAAAUCUGAGUGACGUUUUCUCAGAAAAUCCUGUGCAUUCCCGGCUGGCUCUCGCCUGCACAGACUCAGCUCUUUACAUGCUCCAAACUUGUCUGGAGAUUCAUCGUUCCCAUCUACUCUUAGGAAAUAUGUGUAUCAUGAAAGCCUUCAUCUUCGCUGCAGCUCUCGUCGUCGGAUUCUCGCUCUUCUCGCAAAAAGACCCGAAUCCCGACCUCGAAGAAGCUUUCACCGCCGCCAUCGACAUCCUCCACAUGUUCUCCCAGCAGUCCGCCCAAGCGGGCCACUACUACGAAAUCCUCUCGUUUCUCCGCAACGCUAUCGCCGAACAACGGCAACGGCUCUCGAACCAGGACCAAAGCAGCAAAAGCCAAUAUGUGAGCAAGCUUUUCAGCUUGAAUGGCCGUAGGGCAUCACGCCAGACGGAGGGCGCGGUCACCGUUAAUCUAGCCACACUGACGAGUCCCUUUGACAUCAAUAGCGUCCCCUUGGAAUGGGAGGGCAUGGAGCUACCGUUUUGGGAUAGCUUCCCCUUCACAGAAGAAACACUUCCGCUGCAGGACAGAACGAGUGAUAUGAACCCACUGUGA